UGUUUCUCUUCAUCCAACAGCAAAGUCUCUCUCGGGUUUUAUUUAAAGUUUGUGGAAGCCAAAAUGAGAUCUCAAUCUACUCGUGACAGGAAUGAUGUUGUUUCCUGUCUAGCUUACGCAGCUGGCCUGUGUGUUACUAGGGAGUUCGUAACUGAGCUGCUGAAGGAGUUGCUGACAGAGGGAGUUUCACCACAUCUGUCACAACACCACCAUGCAUCGGACUGUCAGCAGCAUAACGAAUGUAGUAAUGAAGGUGGCAACUACAACCUUCCCCUUGAAGGAACAGCACGUUCUGAAAUAACUGUGGAGACAGUGAAGGUUGAAGUCAAUGAAGAUUCAGAAAUGAAAGAAGAAACUGAAACUGUAGCUGCUGAUGGCAAACGUAUGGGAGUGGGUACAGCUUUACCGCAUCGCAGGCAUUUCUAUUACCUGUCAAAGAAUGUCCCACAUACCUAUGCCCUUUGUAUGAGAGGGGUGAAAUGCAAAAUAUGUGGCAACAUUUUUAAAGGUAUGACAUGUGUUGAUGAUUUGUCGAACCAUAUUAAAAAGGCGCAUAGGAAAAAAGCUACAGCAAGGUUCCUGAAACAAAUACGUGAGGAAAAUACGGUAGAACGCAUUAUUGGCCCUGGAAUGACAUGGUGUGAAUGCUGUACAUGCGACUUUCUCGCUAAGAGUCAUGGCUGGAUUCGAUAAUUACUUUUGCUAACGUGAUUUAUUCAUUACUUUUUAAGUAUCAGCAGGCAGGGGGUGUGAUUUAUUGAAAUGGAGCAAUGGUUUUUUUUUACCUUGAUUUUGAUCCCAUAAACUUCCUCAUGAAAUGUGAAUGUGCAUAAGACAUGCCAUAAUCCACGCAAUAUUGAUUCAAUUGCUUCUUAAUUAUUUAUUCCGCUAAUUGUAAAGUAUUUGGCUGAAAACUGUAUUUUAAGCUAAGAGCUGAUUUAAAGUGACACCCGGACAGGUCUUGUACAAAUCUGACUUGCUGAAAAACAGAAUACUGGAAACUUGUUAGAAAUAGAGUAGAUGAAUUGGAAUACUUUAUUGUACAUAUAUAUGCCUGCUGCUUUGUGCUUUGACCCCCUUUAAGGGAGGUGCUUAGAUUUUGCUGUAACGAAAUAUAUGAAACUUGCAUAA